AUGAUGAGCUCUACCUCGAACCUGUCGGCACCGACGAUCGUGUCGUGCUCGGGCAAGGUCCUGCUCGCCGGAGGCUACCUCGUCCUCGCUCGUCAGCACCACGGCUUUGUGCUGUCGACCCCGUCGAGGUUCUACACCGUCGUACGCGAUCUCGUACGAGAACGAACCGAUCCUUUGACGUUCAAGAUCACCGUCGACUCGCCUCAGUUCGUUGGAGCGAGAUGGGUCUACGACGUCGCGAGGGCCGAGCACGCCGACACCGGCACCGACGCCGACGCCGACGAGAAGGACCCGUCGUGGACAGUACGAGCUGACCCGUGAGUGCACACAUACCCCCGAGUAAACGAUCCCCUUUUAUCGAACCGUGCACCCUCCAUCUGACGUGCCCUACCCCCACAGGAACAACGCCUCUUGCAAUGCUUUCGUGCACCUCUCGAUCCAGUCGACGAUCUCGCUCGCCUCGGCCCUGUUCCCUUCGCUCGGCCACUCGCUCGCCGUCUCCGAUCUGCACAUCCUCAUCGUCGGAUCCAACGACUUUUACUCCCAGCAGCGUGCAGUGAGUACGCUACGGAGUAAAGGUCGUCACCCAGCGCUGAAAGUGAACGACCCCCACAGCACUCGACCGAACGCUCCCCGUCUCCGAAGAAAAUGUUUGCCCAUCUCGGCUGCGCGAUCGCCGACGUGCACAAGACCGGCCUAGGCUCCUCCGCGGCCAUGACCACCUCCCUCGUCGCUGCCUUGUUGCUCCACCUCGACGCGAGAGCAUCGAACCUCUCUUCCCCUCUUCCUGCUGCUGCUCCGAACCCUUCGGCCCAAGCUCCGAACGCGCCGAGCACGUUAUCGACUUCCCCUUCCUACCCGAUCAAAUUCCCCAAGAACCUGAUCGCGAAUUCCCAACUCUGGGUCGAUCAGGGCACGUUGGGCUUGAUUCAUAAUCUGGCGCAGUACGUGCAUUCGCUCGCGCAGGGAAAGGUCGGAAGUGGCUUCGACGUCUCCGCUGCCGUUUGGGGAAGUCAGGUUUAUCGUCGGUUCGAAAGCGUUUGUCUAGGUCAGAGUCUUCAGGAGCGAAAGACGGUACGUCGUGGAGGGGAGGGUGUGUGUGUGUGUGUGUGUGUGCAGGUCGAGUAGGCGGGUUCACGCUGAUGAGACGUGCAUUCUUCACACUGCUCACAGCUCACACCUAAAGCGUUGCUCAACCAACUUUCGCCCCUGCUCAAUCCCGCAUGGACGAAUAACCGAACAGCACCGAACGUGGCUCCGUUCGCUCUCCCACCAGCCAUGACCUUGUUGUUGGCUGAUGUCGAUGCGGGAUCACAUACGCCUUCGAUGGUGGGCAAGGUGUUGGCGUGGAAAAAGGCAGAGAAAGAACAGGGUUAGUAGAUCGCGAACCUUCCAAAGUGCGGUCAUGGGGGGGACCUCUUUUCUGCCGUGUGCGGUGCGUGUGCUGACCCCCGAGUCAUAUUUUUUUCUUUCUCGAUCUUUGUUUCAAAAAAAAAAAAAAAAGCCGAUCGCAUCUGGUCCGAAUUGCAUCAGGCCAAUAACGACUUUGCUGAAAUCCUUGCGAAACUCGGUCGCGGAGCAAAGGAGAAUCCUGAAUUUUACGACGAGCAGGUUCAGAGGUUCUCCACGAUGUCGAGUAGGGAGGUGAGCAGUUCAGUUUGGAUCAUUUGGGAUCGCGUGUAGGGCCGGUGGGCGGUGGUGGCGUGCUGAUUUUCGGGUGGUUGCUGUUGGCUCGUCUGCGAUAGUGGAGCGAGUCGAGCGGGUUCAAGAUCGCUUCGCAGCACAUCUUGGUACGUUCCCUUCGAGCUGAGAGCGGGGGUAAGUCUUAACGUUGGGUACUGAUAGCAUCUGUGUCUCUUUGCGUCUUGUAGUCGAUCCGAGCCCUGAUGCGCGAAAUGGGAGAGCGCUCAAAGGUGCCGAUCGAACCGGCCGAACAAACCAAGUUGCUCGACGCCGUAUCCGAAUUACCCGGUGUGGUAGGCGCGGGCGUACCAGGGGGUGAGUUGAGAAUUCAUCCCCGGGGAAAGUUGGUCAAGGGGUGUUUGAUUGCUGAUGAUGUGGCAUGGAAUCCGGGCGUCGCUACAGCUGGUGGAUACGAUGCGAUUUGGGUCCUUGCACUCUCACCCCCAUCCACCAAUACCGCACCGCACCCAUUGGGAAAAGUUCAAGAUACCCUGAUCGGAUGGAAGGAAAUGUCCGUGCGACCACUAUCAAAACUGGCGUGGAUCGUUGGGGGAAGUGGGGGUGGGGGUGGGGGAGGGGGAGGAGGAGAGGAGAGGAGUGCGUCGGUGGAGAUGGUUGGGCUCAAGAGGGAGAGGAUGGAGGAGGUUGAUGGGUUGAUGGAGGUCGUUGAGGCGGUCGUGGUGUAG